AAACUAUAACGACCGAAAUAUAUACGUGAUCCCAGUGAGAUAGUAAACGCAGAUAUUUACGAAACAAACAAUACCGUGAUUAAAGCGAGCUCUUGGAUUAUCGCUCACGGCUUAAAACAACUCAAACGAAAAUUUAUAAUUUCGAAGAAAAAUUGGAUAUCAACACAAACAUACACCGUAAACAACAAAAAAGCAAGUGCAGUGAAUCAUUUUAACAAAUUGGCAAAGUACAAAAAAUUUUAAUGUGAAAAAUUUAUUUAAUUGUGAAAAAUAAAACCAAAAAUUAAAAUCUUCAAAAAUCUGAAGAUCAUGGAACUUUAACGCAACAAAAUUUCCUUUGCCUGCCCGCAAAACUAUCAUUUCGCAAUUCAACGAUUCCAGCAACAUUUUAUUUUUACAAUUUUUCAUUUUCAUCGCAAAGGCGGCGUGUUUAUCGCUCGCUCUUAACAACGCAACAAAGCAGCGAACCGACCAAGCCCCCACUACCAUAAAAACGCAAAAUAAAACAACAUGAAGAAACAUACCAUAGAACUUACCGUGGCCCUAAGCACUUUGGUGCUGUUAUUUGCCGCCUCUUCAACAUCAGCCUUGGCCAAUUGCCCAGCUGGCUGUCAGUGUGAUGAUAAUACUCUCAUUGUCCAAUGCGGUGAGGGACAAUUAGAUGUGCUGCCCAUUGCCCUGAAUCCCUCUAUACAGCGUUUGGUCAUCAAGAAUAACAAAAUCAAGACCAUUGACUCAUCCAUACAAUUCUAUGCCGAAUUGACUUUUCUGGAUUUGUCCUCCAACCAUUUGAUGAAUAUACCCCAACGCACCUUUGCCUAUCAGCGUAAAUUGCAGGAAGUCCAUUUGCAGUACAACAAAAUUGGCCAAAUCAGCAAUAAGACUUUGAUAGGCCUUUCGGCGGUAACGGUUCUAAAUUUGCGAGGUAACCAAAUCUCGGAAUUGCAUCAAGGCACUUUCGCCCCGUUGGCGAAAAUUGAGGAAUUAAAUUUGGGUGAAAACCGCAUUGGCUAUAUAGAUCCCAAAGCUUUUGAUGGCCUCUCACAGCUGAGAAUUUUGUAUUUGGAUGACAAUGCCUUGACAUCGGUACCCGAUCCCAUACAUUUCCAGGCCAUGCCCAUGUUGGCUGAAUUGUUUUUGGGUACCAAUGCAUUGAUGACAGUGCCUUCGGCGGCCUUCCAGGAUUUGAAAGGCUUGACUCGUUUGAAUCUAAAGGGAGCUGGUCUGCGUAAUAUAUCCCACGAUUCCUUUCUGGGUUUGGAAUCUCUGCGUAUUGUAGAUUUGUCCGACAAUCGCUUGCCGCGUGUACCCACCAAUAGUUUGAGCCAAUUGAGCCGUUUGGAGGAGUUAUUCUUGGGCCAAAAUGAUUUCGAGGCCAUUUUGGAGGGAGCCUUUGUGGGUCUGAAGCAGCUCAAACGUUUGGAAAUAACCGGUGCUUUACGUUUAAAAAGGGUCAUGAAUGGCGCCUUCUCCAGCAACACCAAUUUGGAAUAUUUGAAUUUGGCCUCCAACAAAAUGCUAAAUGAAGUUCAAGAAGGUGCUCUCAGUGGUUUGCCCCAUUUGAGGUAUGUUAACCUAAAGGCCAAUGGUUUGACCACUCUCGCCGAAGGUCUAUUCCCUUGGCAAGAUUUGAUUACCUUGGAUAUCUCCGAAAAUCCCAUUGCCUGCGAUUGUCGUGUCAUGUGGCUGAGAAAUGUUUUGGUAAGCAAAAAUCAAACCGCCGACACAGGUGUCAGUGAAGUGUUGUGUGAAUUUCCCGAAAGCUUGCGAGGCGAAGAGCUGAAGAACCUUAACCCGGCUCUUAUGGGUUGCUCUCACAAUGAUGCCCGCAAACAGGCUUUGAUUGGUGCUUUAUUGGUGGGUACUGCCGCCACCAUAACCACUUUGGUCUUAAUUGUCUAUCGUUGCCGCAGAAAGAUUCGCGAUUAUCUUAAAGGAGGUCUCUUUGGCAACUCUGCUUUGGGUAACAAAGAACGUGAAUACCAAAAGACUUUCUGCGAUGAGGACUAUAUGACUCGCCAUCAACAUCAUCCCUGCAGUUUGGGCAUACACUCGACAUUUCCCAAUACCUAUACGCCACACAACAUGGGCCAGGCCCACUUUGGCCCCAUGUGUCCAAUGCCCUUAAAUGGCAAUGAACAAAAGAAUUUCCAGCAAUUGCAAGUGCCCACCGCCUCCAUGCAGAGCGACAAAAAAUCUGUUAAGUCGCAGGCGAGUCACACCGAUGACAGUGAUUCCUUUGUAGUUCACAUCAAGAACAAUGUCGACAAUUUAGCUGCCGUCCAAAAACUCAACCAUUACACUAAGCCCCAUUUGUUCCAGCAAACUGCAGCUGUAGGUGAUUCUUGCUAUUCCUAUGCCGACUUGCCCAUCAUACACUCGAAUAGCAUUCAGGAGAACAAUAUCAACUAUCACCAGCAACCCUUGCACUAUGGCACCUCACAGGACUAUUCCAAUUCCACUGCCAGCACGGAGAUAAUAGAUCCUAACUACAUCUACAGCAAUACCCAUUAUUCCAUUCCCCUGGAGCAGAGCAAUGGCCAAAGAAUCAAAACUCCCACUCCUCCACCAGUGCCACCAGCAUUGCCUCUGCGUAAUCCACCACAAAUGUUAAAUGUAAACACCACCGGGCGCCGCUCCUUCAACCAUGGCACCCAGAAGCACCAAGCAAAUCAAAGCAAUAGCCAUGCCAACACACAUGCUCAGACGAUGCGUUAUCAACAGCAGCACUGAUUGUGGGAAACCACGGCAAGUUUGAAGAGGCCCGGCCAGGGCCAGACUCGAACUCCGGACAAUUAUCCUAUGCCGCAAGCCGCCGCAACAACAGCAGCGGCUGUUGCACCAUUAACUUAUCAUCGCCAAAACUUAAACAUUUGGGCUUAAAACCAAAUUCAAUUUCAAAGUGGUCAACUGUGAUGCCAGACUUUCUUAACAAAAAACAAAGGACUUAAAAUUCCCCUCCCGCCCUCUCUAACUCACACCUCGUACUGAACCAAUAGACGACGUUAAUUGCAGAUAAGACACCAUACGAUACUAAAAAACCAACUAACUGACAAACCAACAAACAAACCGAACAAAGACAAUUAGUUUUCUAAGAAUUAUUUAGGAUUACAAAAUUAGGCUAAACUUCUCAUCUAAUUGCAAAUCACAUCACUCAUCAUAAGCGCACACACACCCUCACAUACAUUUUUCGUAUGUAUCCUGGUGCCUGCACACAACAUAGGGACUCAUUGUAAAUAUAUCAAUUCAUAUAAGAAAUGAUCUCUUUAAAUCCCCUGCAAAAUGAAAAUGAAAAGGAAACAACAAAAUAAAAGAUUUAUCUUCGAAUUUUUCCAUUUAACUUCUAUAUUCUUCAUUUUCGAAAAAUUUCGAAAUAUUGUAAUAUUUAUUAUUGUAAAAACAAAACGAAAUCAACAUUACUUAAAUUAAAUUAUAUUAAAAACAAGGACAUAAAAUCCCAGCACUGAAGUCAUUUAGUUGUCUAAGCCUUAGCUUAACUGAAGUAUACUGUAUUAUUCAUAUAAAUGUAUAUGUAAUUGAAAGCAUUACUUUAACGAACAAACAAACAAACGGAACUGUAAACGUAUUUAUUAUUGAUUUAACUCAAAUGUUAAAACUUGUUUUUUUUAGUUUUCUAACAGUUUUUAGUUGUAUAAUUUAGUUAGUGAUUUAAAUUAAACAAAAACG